AUGUCUUCACGUUCAAGGGUUGACACACGCAGUGAAUCUCGGCCCACCACUGUGGCGUGUGAGGCGUGUCGGAGAUUGAAGAUGAAGUGUAUCCGACCAUCAAACUAUGGGGAAGAAAAUUCGACAGAGCCAUGUCAGCGAUGUAGAAGCACCAACCGCAUAUGCAAAAUCCCAGAACCGAAAAGACUUGGCAGAAGGCCCGGUGCCAUAGGUCGAUAUCACGGUAUAGAAAAGGCCUAUAGAAAAAUUCAGUCGGAGUUGAAAAAGAAAAGGGGCCCUCGUUCUGACGCAAAUUCCGAUCAGGGUGCCGUUUUUGACAUGGGUGACGAGCCCAUCCUAGACUCUUUGCUCUCCAGUCAGCCAAUUGAAGCAGUCGAGUCUACCCAAAUACCCCUCGAGCAAGAAUCCGAGGGCUCAAGCACUCAUGGCUCAAGCCAGGAGUCUAUAAGUCUGCAGCAAAACGAGCCUUUGGCAGACGUGAUUCCGCAGUCCAGUCACGAACCAGUGAGCAAUCCGUUGGCCUUGUUGGCGGAUGCCUCAGAUGUCCUCCAGUCGUUGGAACCAAAUAAAACAUCUAACAAGACCUUGUCAACAUCCGAACACGCACCGUAUGUGACGCACACAUCAGCCACAUUGGGCAAUGGAAUGGGGUUUGACCGGGAACUACUUCAUAGGCCUGGCUAUGUUUCCCUUGGCCUCAAAUUGAGCAAAGACAAACUACAAGCAGGAAUAGAUGCUCUCAUCCACUCUCCUGAGAGUCCAUGUUACUAUUCAAACUAUUUUGCAACGCCUACACUAUUGCCUCUGCGUGAUGUUGGCCCCGAAUUUGACCCGGUGGACCUUGGCCUGGUGACCAUGGAUGAGGCCUGUUACCUGUUUCCAGUGUGGGUCAAUCUGUUGUUAACCCUGUCGAUUUGCAAGAUACUGAUAUGUAUUAGAUACUUUAUCCGCCUCCACCCAGUAAAUGGGAUCCUGGAUCCGAUGCUCCACACGCCGGAUUUUGUCCGCUCGCGGUCGGCUCUCUUAUUCACUUGGAUACUGGCUUUGACUGCACAGUUCGAUCAUGGGUCAGGACCAUUAGCCAAGCGACUACGUAUUCAUGGCAAAAAGCUAUCGAGGCAUGUUCACACCUCCGGUUAUAAGUCCGUCGAAAUUGUACAAGGCUAUUACAUCUCCCUCGUAUCGGCCAACCCAGCAGAGACAUUGGCACAAGAACGUUCAUGGCUCUACACAAUGCAUGCCUUUGGUCUAGCAGCCGAAUUAGAUCUCGACCAAGAUCUUCAUUCCAAGCAUGCAUCAGGUGCCCAAAGCCUGGAUCGACCCGCCCGACCACAGUCCCCAGAAACACCCUUUUCAUAUUUAACAACGGGUAGUGCUCAAAGUGAUUCUCAUGAUAAUCAACGUAUGGCUCGGAAUCGUCAGAGAACAUGGCUGAGGAUUCUGUUAUGGGAACGUGCGAACAGUGCUGCCUGUGGCAGAACACACACCUUUCCGGAAACAAGCUUGACAAAAAGUGUCGACAGUUGGUGGCUCCACCCUAUGGCAGAUCCCACGGACAAACAUACAUGUGCGUUCAUCACUUUGCGAAGAAUUCUUGCCUCGCUACAGAAUGAUUUGAGACACAAGGCUCAUUCAACACAUGUUGAUCCCCAUUGGGUGCGAGAAACGGUUGAUGUAGCACUGAAGCCCUGGUGUGAGCUUUGGCUAUCACAUCCAGCACCAAACUUUAUUACAUCGCCCUCUGAAAAGCUGUCGAGUAUCUUUCUUCGGUAUGUUUAUCUUCAUGGAAGACUAUGGACUUUGUCUUUUGCCCUCCAUGGGUCAAUCAACGGGGAUCGACACGUCAGUGAAAUCAGGGCAGAUUGCUUCGAGGCUGCAAUCAAUGCCUGCGAAGUUGCUGUGCACGAUCUAGACACUAUCGGUGAGCCAUUGUACUGCAUGCUAGCUCCAACGUGGGCUAUGAUAUCUUACGCCGGCGUAUUGGCUUUGAAGCUCUUCCCCGCCCUAUAUGGCCAUCGCGUCGGAAGCGAUGUCGAACUUCUUGCUCUUCUCAGUCAAGUCGCUAUCCAAUUAGAGUGUGCAGGAACGACUCCACCGCAUCGAUUUGGUAUUGCCGGGUUGUUGGGGCAACAUCUUAUGAUGAUCCUGAGAUCGAGAGCGACAGGGUCGAAAUUCUCAGCACAUUCCAGUCAACCCACGUCAGAUACACCUCAUUCCGCCACAAGCUUUGACGGAGGAACACGAUUAUUUGCCCAACAGCCCUCUUCUACACGCCCACAUCACUCUCUCGUUUCCGAUUAUGAUCCUUUCCUGACGACAGCUUCGAUGUCUACACAGGGGAGCUUGACUGGAGAGAGCUUUGCUGACUUCUUUCGGGAAACUUUCGGGCCUGGAUUUGGAGGUGUAUUCUGA